AUGCACCCGAGGGGAAGUCGAACGCCCAGUGAAAACCCUUGGAGAUCUAGAGCGCGGGCUGGCACCGGACUGGGGCCUGCCGAGCGCAGUGGCCGUGGCGGCCAGGAGGGGGAGCCGGAGUCCGCGAGCCAGCCGCCGGCCGGGGGCGGAGCGCGCGCGGCGCCGAGCGGACGCGCCCCCGCGCUUAGGUGCAGCCGGGCGCGCGGCGAAGCGGGGAGGCCAGCGCGGCGGCAGAGGCGGCGGCGGCGACAGAGCGCGCGCCUGCCAGCCAAGCUCAUCAAUGGCGGCAUCGCCGGCCUGAUCGGGGUCACCUGUGUGUUCCCCAUUGACCUGGCCAAGACGAGGCUACAGAACCAGCAGAAUGGCCAGCGCAUGUACACCAGCAUGUCCGACUGCCUCAUCAAGACCAUCCGCUCAGAGGGCUACUUUGGGAUGUACCGUGGAGCCGCCGUGAACCUGACCCUCGUCACCCCCGAGAAGGCCAUCAAGCUGGCAGCCAAUGACUUCUUCCGAUACCAGCUCUCCAAGGACGGGCAGAAGUUGACCCUGUUUAAGGAGAUGCUGGCGGGCUGUGGGGCGGGCACCUGCCAGGUGAUCGUGACCACCCCCAUGGAGAUGCUGAAGAUCCAGCUCCAGGACGCGGGCCGCCUCGCUGCCCAAAGGAAGAUCCUGUCUGCCCAGGCCCAGCUCUCGGGCCAGGGGAGUGCCCAGCCCUCGGUGGAGGCUCCAGCCACGCCCCGCCCCACAGCCACGCAGCUGACCCGGGACCUGCUGCGGAGCCGCGGCAUUGCUGGCCUCUACAAGGGCCUGGGGGCCACGCUGCUCAGGGACGUCCCCUUCUCCAUCGUCUACUUCCCCCUCUUCGCCAACCUGAAUGAGCUGGGCCGGCCAGCAUCCGGGGAGAAGUCGCCUUUCUACGUGUCCUUCCUGGCCGGCUGCGUGGCUGGGAGUGCGGCCGCCGUGGCCGUCAACCCCUGUGAUGUGGUGAAGACCCGGCUCCAGUCGCUGCAGCGUGGCAUCAACGAGGACACCUACUCAGGAUUCCUGGACUGUGCCAGGAAGAUCCUGCGGAACGAGGGCCCCUCCGCCUUCCUGAAGGGCGCUUACUGCCGCGCCCUGGUCAUUGCCCCGCUGUUCGGCAUCGCUCAAGUGGUCUACUUCCUGGGCAUCGCUGAGACCCUGCUGGGGCUGCCACGCAUCCAGCCCUGA